CAGACCUCAGAGAAUCAAUAGUGCUAUUCUUUGAGCGGGGACAUAAGGGGGAGUAUUCGCAUUGUUGUUUUUUGCUUUUAAAGUGUGAUCAGGACUCCAGCUUUCGCUUCAGUAAGUGAGUGAAUCGGCUUGUGUGAAUCCACAGGUUCCUCCUCUUCGCCGCCUCCUCCCACUCUCUCCCUCUCUCUCUGUUGUGGUUUCUGGCUGAACCUGAACUAAUUGACAGCGUUUGUGGGUGAGGGAAGUGUUGCAUCACCGCGGUGGCUGCCUCCCUGCCCGCCCGCCUGCCUGCCACACAUCACCAACUUGUUUAUUUCACCGAGCGGAGGCAAAAAUGAAGUUGAUUAUUUCCUGCUCGAUGACGACUUGCGAGCUAGCGGGUUCGUAGACGCCUGGAAUCUGAUGUUUUGCAAAGCAGCUACAACCAUUUCACUGUGUGUCCAUUUUGUAGUUUGAAAGUGUACCGCGCACAGCUGUGUUUGAUUUUUUUCUAACGAGGAGGAGGAAAGUUACCUGCGCGCUCCUCUGCCUCUGUCCGUGGUCCUGAAGUUAUUAGCCGUCUCAAGCGCGGCCUCCUGGAAGGAAAACUUCAAGUUUUCAUUGAAAGGCAGCAGGAGAACACUGUCCACUAGCAGCUGCACAGAAGCCUUAAUAUGGUAACUCAAAGCAGAGUCCACCUGCACAGUCUGGCACUAUUGCUUUUUGUUGUCCACCUGAGCCGGCCAGUAUGUGUCAAUGCUCCAUCGGAGAGCAAAGCAGUCGUGGGCAGACCCAUGCUGUUGACCUGCAUCUCCUGUUUGAGGAGGGAGGAGGUCAAAGUAAAGACGAGGGUGGAUUGGUUUUACAUGCCAAAUAAUGACAGGGACGUCCCCAAAACUCCUAUAUUCUUGUAUGAAAAUGACACACCAGUAGAGCUGGAUGGACCGUUUAAGGACCGUCUGACCUGGAAUGGGAGUCAGGAUUUGCAAGAUGUCUCCAUUCAAAUCCGUAACGUGACCUUAAAUGACAGUGGUGUCUAUGAAUGCCAAGUGUACCGCGAGUUUGAGUUUAAGUUCUUCACGCCCUCCGUGGUCGUCGUGAAGAACAUCACGCUGAAGGUGAAAGAGAAAGCCAGUCGAGACGCCACGGCACUCUACUCUGAGAUCAUGAUGUAUGUGCUGCUGGUGUUCUUGACCUUCUGGUUGCUGGUAGAAAUGGUCUACUGCUACAGGAAGAUCUCCAAGUCUGAUGAGCAGACUCAGGACACCGCGACAGACUACCUAGCCAUUCCCUCUGAGCAGAAAGACAAUGCAGCUGCUCCUGUUACCGACUAAAAGUGGUUUUCAGUGACACGGUUCUGACCAAUCACAAUGGAGCUUCAGCGUCAUGUGAUGGAAACCAGGAACAGAUUCUGCCACCUAAUGUAUGCCUCUGUGAAGGUAGCCUUGGGAAUCCUGCCAGUUGACCACCCCGUGUAUCCACUGUGUCAUUUGAGGAGCCGCUCAGAAAUGUCCAAGUGCUCCUUUUUCUCUCAUCGUCAAAUCAAAUACUUUAACAAAAUCAUCAGGUUUUAGAAAGAAAAAAAGGUCAUGCUUCUUUUGGCUUCUGUGUAAGUGUCUUACACGUUUAUGAAAAGACAAAACAAACAAACAAAACCCAUACGUCACGUGGUGUAUUUGUUACACUUACUUACUGAGAUUUUGGGUCACAGCUUUAUUUGUACACGCCAAUGUCUUGGAAAGGAAAUUGAAUACAUAGCUUUAUACUGUACGGAUGUGCAUUUCUUUUUCUUUUUUUGCAUCAAUGUAAUGCAUAUAUAUGUAAAACCGUGUCAAGUCACACUAUUUCAACUAAAUUCAUCUAGAAGUCUCUCCUAUAGUCUCUUUUGUGCAAAUCUUUGAUCCAUGUGCAGCACUAACAUCAAAGGACGUUCAGUUGGCUAAGCCUUGGUACAUACAGAAGUAGGCCUACACAGUUGCUGGUGUUCUACAGUAACAUUGCUAUUGAGAGUAAACACGUGCCUAUUUUCUAUAGUAGAAGAUUCUAUUAUGUGUACAAAUUGUGACUGUUGUUUGUCGUACACAGUUGACCCUUUCCUGUGUGAGCGAGCUGCUUUUUGAACUAUUAAACACAGUGCAUUCCGCA